AUGGUAAAGUUCGAUAUCUAUGGUCGAGGUCGCCCGCUUAGGGUGGCUAUCAUGUUCACAUGCCAAUUAUCCUUUAUUUUAUUUGGCUAUGACCAGGGUGUUUUCUCGGGAAUCGUAGGCAAUGAAGACUUCCUGGAGGUGGUACAGAAUCCCAGCGCGGGGAUCCUGGGGAUCAUCGUCUCGAUCUACAAUUUAGGCUGCUUCACGGGUACGAUUGUCGCCUUCUUGAUAACGGACCGCCUCGGACCACGGAAAUCAUUGUGGUUUGCUAUGACUUGGAUUAUUGUUGGCGCAAUCCUACAAACCGUCUCAUUUUCAAGAGCUCAGCUACUUGUUGCACGCUUUGUGACUGGCAUAGGAACCGGCAUAGAAACAACUACUGUGCCGGUAUACCAGUCCGAACUAUGCGAGGCAAAGAAGCGAGGAAAGUAUGUCUGCAGCGAACCACUUUUUGUGGGCGUGGGCAUAGUAAUCGCAUAUUGGUUUGACUAUGGAAUGAGUUAUGUUCAUGGGGCCAUCAAUUGGCGACUUCCUAUUGCCUGCCAGAUUAUUUUCGCCAUUAUGGUAGUCUUUUUGGUGUUCGGACUACCAGAGAGCCCCCGCUGGCUCUAUCGUCAUAACAGACAUACAGAAGCUCUGCAAGUACUAUGUGAUGUGUACGACAGGGAGGCAGAGGACCCCAAGAUCAUGUCAGAGUCGGCGGAAAUUUUGCAAGCAAUCGAGCUAGAGACUCUGCAAGGCGAAUACAAGUGGACACAGAUUCUGAAGAGAGACGAGGUACAGACUGGAAAGAGAGUGCUACUCGCUUAUGGAAUGCAGUUCAUGAACCAGAUGGGCGGUAUCAACUUAGUUGUGUACUAUGUCACUUCAGUGCUGCAAGAAAACGUCGGGCUGAGCCGCAAAUUGAGUCUACUCCUCGGGGGUGUGAUUCAAAUUAUGUUUGUGAUCGGCUCAUUCUACCCGACCUUUUUCUCUGACCGAUUUGGUCGUCGAGAGCCAAUGAUGUGGGGUUCCUUUGGCCUCUUUAUUUCGAUGAUGAUGAUUUCUAUCCUUCUUUCCUUCAAAGGAACAUCUGUUGAAAAGCCCACUGCAUCUGCUUCUGUGGCCUUCUUCUUUCUGUUCAUGCUCAUCUUUGGCGCAUCCGUGAAUUGUAUUCCGUGGGUGUAUGGUCCGGAAAUUCUUCCGCUACAUGUUCGCGCCAAGGGGCAAGCAAUUGGAAUCUCAGCAAAUUGGCUGUGGAAUUUCUUCGUGGUCAUGAUCACCCCGACGUUGAUCCAGAAUCUUGCGUGGAAAGGAUAUUUGAUUUUCAUGUGCUUGAACCUGGUCUUUGUUCCAAUCGUAUACUUCUUUUAUCCCGAAACAGCAAAUCUCACACUCGAAGAGAUUGAUUUCCUCUUCACCAAUCGCGCAACACACCCCUCCUUGCCCUCCCAUGACGUUGCGGAAGCCAAGCCGAAAGCGACGGGUAUUGAAACUGUCGGUAUACGCUGA